AUGGCCACGGAGCAAGCCAUCCGGGUUGACGAUGAAGGGCAUUCUCCUACUGAGAUCGCAGACGAGGAAGACAUGGAAGAGGUACAACCUCCAGGCGGUGUUUUGGUGACCAAGGAGGAGAUCGCGAAGGACGCCCUACGUGGAACGCGGAAAAAGAAACGUGAAAGGUCUGGCCCGGAGAUCAAGCAAGAGGAAGAGGAGGAAAGUCCCAACAAGCGAGCACUGGCUUCGGGUGAUGCGCCUCUAUCUGGUCGUGAACUACGGGAGCUACUUCAGAUGCACAUGUUCGAGAUGAGGGCGGCAUGGGGUGAAGAACGAGCCAGAGUUGAUCGACUUGAACACAAGCAGGGGACGAUGGAGAAUGAGGUGAGCGAAAUGAAGGGUCGCACAGCUGCUAUGGAAAUCAAGGUGCAGGAACACUCCACUACACAAGGGCGACAUGAGCGGAAGCUGGACGAGAUUGCCGAGGACCUUGCGAAGCUCAAAGUUGAAGUUGGAGGGAAAGGGAUCAAGAAAAAGUGGAAACAAUACCCCAUUGUGGUGGGAGCCGAUGUCAAUGAGCAACCUGGGUGGCAUGAAGUGGAGGAUGGACGAUUCGAGGUGAUCAAUGCCAAUGUUAACCUCAGUUCGUUUCUGGAGGAAGCUAUGCGCGCUGGUAUUUGGCCCAACUCUCCCUCCUCCCAUCUUCUUCGAUGCCCAACGCACUACCCGAGGGACACCACUAGGGAAGGACGACAAAUCGACAUGAUCCUCGGGAAGAGCGUUUCUAUUGGCAAUACACACAUCCGCCCUGAGCUCCGACACUGCAUCGGCACGGACCACGCUGAGCUCAAUGCUGACAUCUUCUCCUCGAUUUCUCGACGCCAAGCAUGGGGGCAAGACACUCGACCGAGGCGCCUCACAGCCAUCCUUCCGGACAAUGACACCAUUGUGGACAGCAACGACCUCAAGGCACUCGCGAAGGAAUGCACAGCCCCGAGAACGUCCCCAUGCUAUGUAGAUUCCCUUGAGCUCAAGGAGCUGAUCAACCGGGCGAGAGAGUUCAACGACAAGGAAGACUGGAAACGCAUCCACAAACUUCGGAAAAAAGCAAUUCGGCAAUGGCAAAAAGACAGGCCGAGAAGGUUGUCCAGGGUGAUUGGUCCGCUUUCCGAUAAAUCUGCGGUUGAGCUGACCAAGGACGUUCAACUGCACCUACAAGGGAAGAUGACGAACCCAUCUGAUGACACGUGGCCACACAGGCUCCAAGAAUUCAUCAAUGCGGAGGAGAUCUUCGAAACCCUCUCUCAUAUGAAGACGUACACUGCCGUUGGGCUCGACCUUGUCUGUGUGGACCUUAUCAAGGCAAUCACCCUCCAUGGCGUUCUUGGAUCACAACUCGUUGACUUGAUCAACCACAUCAUCUACCACAACGAGCAACCAGAGGAGUGGUCAGUCAGUGUGCUUGCUCUUCUCGCGAAAUGCCCUGAGCCCCUCGUGCCUGGGGACCUUCGGCCGAUUUGCGUUGGGUCGAAUUUCAGCAAGCUCACCAACCGCCUGAUCAUGGGGCGAAUUUUCCCUGUGCUAAGACGUGGUUCCAGCAUUUCCACUUGUGGGAAAGGACGCCAAGUUGCUGACCUCAUUGGUGCCAUGACUAGAAUGAGGGACAUUGCACACGAGUGGAGGGAACCUCUGCUCUUCGCGAAGCUGGACGUAGCUGGCGCAUUCGACCGCCUCUCGAGGGAUGAAGUUGCGGAAAUGAUCGUCAGCAGAACCAAGAACACCGCCCUCGGCGUUGAAGCACAGUUUCUGUUACGCCAGCUGGACAUCAAUGUUCUACGGGGAAUGGUUCCAGGAGGACAUGAGAUCUCUGUUGAGGCCAACGUGGGCAUACGCCAAGGCUCCCCUGACUCGGCGGAACUCUUCGGGCUGGUGAUGGGCAUGUUGCUGGAUGAUAUGCUGGAAAGAGAUCCAUGGAAGAAUGUGGGACUCGCGUUCAAGGACCUCCCUGUGGACUUGUUCUUCUUCCAGGACGACGUGUUUGUGUUUGAUACCACGGCAGCCCGGCUCGCGAGGAAGAUCGAGAUCAUUGGUGGCGCGCUUAGCAAAGGAGGCCUCAAGCUGGCGAUGAACAAGACAAAAGUCAUUGCCUCCCCUGACUACAAAGGGAAAAUGACGCUCAAGGUCGAGGAUCAGGACGUCACCAUCCACAGGAACUCCGCUAUCCGUGUUUUGGGUGUUUCCUUUGAUCUUGGGGAGACACCUGCACAACAGGCUGAAGAACUACUAGGCCGGGCCCGCGCCGCAUAUGCUGAACAUCGUCCUCUACUUGUGGCCAAAGGUUCGUGGUCUCAGAAAGCCUUCAUCAUCUCCAUGCUGAUCACGGCGACGUGGAGAUGGUCGGCAGGAUGUGUACACUGGAGCAGGGAGAGCCUGGCGAAAGCCAAUAGCCUCCAAGCUCAGAUCUUCAGGACUGCCUUCAAGCUUGGUCGCGUGAAGGGAGAGACAUGGAUUGACUGGAAUACAAGAACCCUGCGGAUGGUGAGAUGCUACCUUCAUCGUCACCAAGUGGAACGAUGGAGCACCUUGGCUCUUCGAUUACAACACCAACUCCUUGGGCAUUGGGCAAGGCACUGCGAAGUGGUUAAAGGUGGUUGGGAGCACAUCGAAGGGGUGACAAUGCGAUGCCUACGAUGGAGAAAUCAAGCUUGGUGGCAAGAACAACAAUCCUUACACGCAUCUGGUCUAGGGCUCAAACACCCCCGCAGUUUCUACCCCUCUAAUAUGGAGAGGCAGAUCGCUGCAGUGGCCGGCAAUGACUGGCCCCGUAUAGCUCAGGACCGCAACAAAUGGAAAGAAUCUCUCGUGGAAUAUCUUCGCAAAUGGGAUGUCAAGUGGGCAAGAGGGAGACAACUUUCCCUUGAAUGA